AUGUCUUCCUCAAAGGUGAUCAUGUUAAGUAGUUCUGAAGGAGAUAUCUUCUCCGUGGAAGAGGAGAUGGCGCUUAAGUUUAACUACCUGGGUAUAGACUACUGCGACGGCGACACUGUGAUCCCCCUCCCCAAAGUUAGUAGCAAGAUAUUGGCUAUGGUUAUAGAAUACUGCAGGCGCCAUGUUGAGAAUAAGCCCAACAUGUUAGAUGACCUUAAGGCCUUUGAUGAUAAUUUUGUCCAAGUUGACAAGAGAACGCUGUUUGAUCUCAUUUUGGCUGCUAAAUACCUCAAGAUAUGGAGCUUGCUUGAUCUUACCUGUCAAACUCUUGCUGAGACCAUUGAUGGAAUGACAUUGGAGAUGGUCUACAAAGCUUUUAACAUAAAAUGUUACCUCCCUAGUGAGGAGGAGAAACCUUGGGCAUUUAUGUAA